UAGAGCGGGCGGGGAAAAGGGCAGCUGGUUCCUUUAGGGAUUAGGUCCGGUGAGGCGGUCUCUGAACUGUUUCACUAGGUUUCCUCUCGACAUUCUCUGAAUCUUUCAGGUCCACAGACUGAGGAACCGUCUCCACCAUCAUGGGAGGCGGAGACCUGAACCUGAAGAAGAGCUGGCACCCGCAGACCCUUCGCAAUGUGGAGAAAGUGUGGAAGGCGGAGCAGAAACAUGAAGCGGAGAGGAAAAAGAUUGAGGAGCUGCAGCGAGAGCUUCGAGAGGAGAGAGCUCGGGAGGAGAUGCAGCGCUACGCUGAGGAUGUCGGGGCUGUCAAGAAAAAAGAAGAAAAGUUGGAUUGGAUGUACCAAGGUCCGGGUGGCAUGGUGAACCGUGACGAAUACCUGCUGGGGCGCCCCAUUGACAAGUAUGUUUUUGAGAAGAUGGAGGAGAGGGAAGCCGGCUGCUCUUCUGAGACAGGACUCCUCCCAGGCUCAAUCUUUGCCCCGUCGGGUGCCAAUUCCCUUCUUGACAUGGCCAGCAAAAUUCGGGAAGACCCUCUGUUCAUCAUAAGGAAGAAAGAGGAGGAGAAAAAAAGAGAAGUACUGAACAAUCCUGUGAAAAUGAAGAAAAUCAAAGAGCUGUUGCAAAUGAGUCUUGAAAAAAAGGAGAAGAAAAAGAAGAAGGAGAAGAAGAAGAAGCACAAGAAGCACAAGCACAGGAGCUCGAGCAGUGAUCGCUCCAGCAGCGAGGAUGAGCAGAGCCACGCCCGGUCUCAAAAGAAGAUGGCAAAUUCCUUUCCUGUCUUGUCCAAAGUCCCUGGAUAUGGCUUACAGGUGAGGGACUCUGACCGUCACCAGGGGCUGCAGGGUGCUCUGGGUGAACAAAGGGUGAUAAAGAACCAUUCCCGAUCAAGAAGCUCCUCACCCCCAAAGCAUGUCAGCAAGAAGAGCUCCAAGGAAGAGAGGGCCCGGGACAGGAGGUCUCGAUCCCCUGGCAGAAGGUCACGGUCCCCAAGGCCCAGCAAACAGCACACCUCUAAGGUAAACAGGAAAGAGAGAGACAGCCCAUCACCUAAAAAGGAGGUCUACCAGAGGCGGCAUGCUUCUGGAUACACCAGAAAACUCUCAGUGGAGGAACUGGAGCGGAAACGGCAAGAGAUGAUGGAAAAUGCCAAGUGGAGGGAGGAGGAGAGGAUGAACACCCUCAAGCGGCACGCCAGGGAGGACGAGCGGGAGCACAGGCUGGAGAGGCUGGACUCUCGGUCCGGCAAGUUCAUCCACCGAAUGAAGUUGGAGAGUGCGUCAACCUCCUCCUUGGAGGACCGGGUGAAGCGCAACAUCCAUUCUCUACAGCGGACGUCGGUAGCUCUGGAGAAGAACUUCAUGAGAAGAUGAAAACCAGUCUCUUUUACUGCUUUGCCUGACUUUGCCAGGGAGGCUGCUGACUCCUUAAAAUUCUCUUUAUAAGAGUUCAAAUGGCUUCUUGUACAGAUGAAAAACCACCACUGUUCAAAGUGCCCUUUGUCCACUGACUCCUGAAACACUUCACAUCGUUUAAAAACGGAUGUGACCUGAUUCCGGGAUCCUCAGGAACUUUGGCUGGAUGCACUGUGGUUUUUGACUAUGUUUUAGUGGAUGGCACUGGAAGGCUUGGAUGCUUGUCACCCCUCUUCCCUCCCUGAAUGAAUGGCACAGACUUCCAGAGGCCUCUUUCCAUAGCCACCCAGACGGAUGGUGCUUACUUGGAUAAAUGAACAGUAACUUUAGGUUAUGUGAAAGGAUAGCCACUCAUCGGGAAGAGCCAAGAGAGUGACAAAGAAGAUGGAAGAGAAAACAGAACCAAAGGCCCUAAGUGAACUGCUAACUAACUACCUGGGCUUCAAGCUGUAAUGGUGUGAUGUAUAUAUACAAAUGUAUAAUUCCAUAUUUGCUUUUAAAAAGUCAUUCUGUUCAAUGACUUUAUCCGAAAAGUAACACAGUAAGGCGGCUCGGCUUGCUCUCCUCUCUGACUCAGGGCAUAGGAGAGCUACGGGGUUACUGACAGAAUCUAGCUGUGGGGUAGCUAACCUUUUGACUUGUCCUCUACAAAUGUGUUAGGUUGCAUUUAUAGGUAUGUACUGGCUUCAGGAAGGACGCACCUGCCCAGGUACACAUUCCCCUCUGUUCCGCAGAAUCUCAUAGGGCACCCAGUAGGGCAGGAAUCAGGAUCCAUGUUAUCAGGAUGUCCUGUGACUCCUAAUAGAAAAUACUGAGGAAGCUGUUUAUUUUCUGGCUAUUUUUUAUUUGUUUGUCUGUCUGUUGAGGCAGGGUCUGUAGCUCAGGCUAGCUUUGAAUGUACUGUGUAAGCUGAAGAUGACCCUGAACUUCAGAUCCUCUGACCACACACAGUUGCUACUACUGCUGCUUUGUGGUUUGUCUUUGAUACAGCGCCCUUACUGGCCCAGGGUGGCCUGGUGGUGGCUCUCCUGCUUCAGCCUCCUGAGUGCUGGCUGCAAUUACUGGCCACCACCCCCAGCUUCCUAGCUGAUCUUUUACCUGUAAGAACUAAAAAUCUAAGACAAGACUCAGGGGGCCACUCCUAUGUCUUUAUUGCCAUUCCUUUCUCUAUUCUUUCACCAGAAGUCCUCAUUUGGCCAGGGAACUUCUAGGUGCUCUUUAAACAGACCACAGAUUCACCUUAGCCGUGGCUGACCUUAAACUGUAGAUCUCCUGUUUCAGCCUCUGGAGCUGUGAUUACAGACCAUGUGGCCCUCAGAGGUGCUCUUAACUCAUAUAUUAAGCCAUUUCCUUGUUCUACCAGUUCCUAAUUCCUCCUAAAAUAUGUUUGGAUUUUUUUUUUAAGCACUAAAAUUCCAGACACUGUAAUUCUUAAAACACAGUCGUCGUCCUCCCCCCUCCACAAUGUAACAUUAUUCAUUUAAUCACCUCAUCCUGAUGCCCCAUGCUUUAGUUAAUUAUGGCUUUUAUUUUAUUACUUGGUAAUAAAGGCUACAUUUAUUUUUGUAACUGUGUAGAGCAACCGACCACGUGCCUGGUACUGAGUCUUGAUAUCCCAAGUGUUGACCUGUGAUUUUGUGUCGAAUACAGAGACCUUUCGUCCAAGUGGAAUUACGUAAUAAACCGUGGCCAGUUUACUCAA